GAGACAGAGUGCAUGUUAGAGAGAGAGAGAACAUGUGGCACUAGAGAGCAUUUUGAGCUUUACCCCCUCAGUGAGAAGUCAAGCAACAGAGUGAAAUAGAGAGAGACAGAGAAAGCAAACCUCCUACAGCUGGACUUUUCCCAGAGUGCAGGAAUGGAUUUCCUCUGAUACUUUGGAUGUCAAUGCGCAACUUUGGAGUUUACGCACAGAAGGGAUCUUUAAAGUUGUGUUGACUGAGCGUGUGUAUGUGAGCCGUGCUUUGAGGCGUGUGUGUGACAGGAGCGUGCUCGGAGCUAUGUCAGGUGUUACACGGAAAGGUUCUGGGAGACCAGGAUAUUACUACAGACUCCUGGGUCGAACGAGGCUACAGAGACAACGCAGCCGCUCCAGGAGUAGAAGCAGAGCCACAACCAAUAGGGACUCUCCACCUGAGAGAACAGGGCGGAGACGUAGCAUGCCAGGCUCCGCCCCUGACAAAGCCCCGCCCACAAUGGAGCCCACUGCCACUGCUGCUACACCCUUCAGGGUCACAGGAUUUUUGAGUCGCAGGUUAAAGGGCUCAAUAAAGCGGACUAAGAGUCAACCUAAACUGGACAGGAACAGCAGUUUUAGACACAUCCUGCCAGGCUUCAGACCAGUGGACAACGACAGGUCUCAUCUGAUGCCCAGGCUGAAGGAGUCGCGCUCUCACGAGUCUUUGCUCAGUCCCAGCAGUGCAGUAGAAGCUCUGGACCUCAGCAUGGAGGAGGAGGUCCUCAUUAAACCAGUGCACAGCUCCAUCCUCGGCCAGGAUUACUGCUUCGAGGUGAGCACCUCCACAGGUAGUAAGUGCUUUUCUUGUCGUUCAGCUGCAGAGAGAGACAAAUGGAUGGAGAAUCUGCGACGAGCCAUCCACCCUAAUAAGGACAACAGUCGGCGGGUUGAGAAUACGCUGCGGCUGUGGAUCAUCGAAGCAAAAGACCUUCCGGCCAAGAAAAAGUACUUCUGCGAGCUUUGCCUGGACGACGGCCUCUAUGCCCGUACAACCUGCAAGCUGAAGACGGAUAAUGUCUUCUGGGGUGAACACUUUGAGUUCAAUAACCUACCUGCGGUCCAGAACAUCACCGUCCAUCUAUAUAGAGACUCUGACAAGAAGAAGAAAAAGGACAAGAACAACUAUGUGGGGCUGGUGAGCAUUCCAGUGGUGACUGUCACAAGCAGGCAGCUGGUCGAGAAAUGGUACCCGGUUAGCCAACCCAAUCCAGGUAAAGGGAAAACAGCUGGUCCCAUGGUCCGCAUCAAGGCCCGGUACCAAAGCAUGAACAUCCUGCCCAUGGAGCUCUACAAAGAGUUUGCAGAGUACACCACCAACAACUACAUGCUGCUCUGCUCUGUGCUGGAGCCGGUCAUCAGUGUCAAGAACAAAGAGGAGAUGGCCUGCGCUCUGGUGCACAUCCUGCAGAGCACCGGGAAAGCAAAGGACUUCCUGACAGAUCUGAUGAUGUCGGAAGUGGAUCGAUGCGGGGAGAACGAGCACCUGAUCUUCAGAGAGAACACGCUGGGCACUAAAGCUAUCGAGGAGUACCUCAAACUGGUCGGACAGAAAUAUCUGCAAGACGCACUGGGGGAGUUUAUAAAGGCUCUGUAUGAGUCUGAUGAGAACUGUGAGGUGGACCCAUCCAAAUGUUCAUCUAGUGAUCUAUCUGAACAUCAGAGCAACCUCAGGAUGUGCUGUGAGCUGGCCUUCUGCAAGAUCAUUGAGUCUUACCGUGUGUUUCCAAGGGAGCUUAAAGAAGUGUUUGCAUCGUGGAGACAGGAAUGUGGUAACCGAGGGCGGCCGGAUAUCAGCGAGCGUCUUAUCAGCGCCUCGUUGUUUUUGCGUUUUCUGUGUCCGGCUAUCAUGUCGCCUUCUCUCUUCAACUUGACGCAGGAGUAUCCAGACGACCGCACUGCACGAACACUCACUCUUAUCGCCAAGGUUACACAGAACCUUGCAAACUUCACCAAGUUUGGUAAUAAGGAGGAGUACAUGUCCUUCAUGAAUCAAUUCUUAGAGCAGGAGUGGACCAACAUGCAGCGCUUCCUGCUGGAGAUCUCCAACCCUGAGACCAUCUCAAACACUGCAGGAUUCGAGGGCUAUAUUGACCUGGGCCGUGAGCUCUCCACCCUGCACUCCCUGCUAGCUGAGGUGGUGUCCCAAAUGGAUCAGAGUGCUGCUUCCAAGCUUGGCCCAUUACCCAGAAUAUUGAGGGACGUACAUGGAGCGUUAACAAACCCACCGAACGUACAGAUGAACGUUCCUUCCGAUCGUGUGCCCUCCCCUCCAACCCCUGGAUGCAGCAUCUCCACUGGAUUACAAAAGAUGGCCAUCGACAGUGACCUACCAGGCCCGGUGGACUUCACUCGCCUCCCUUCCCCCACCCCUGAAAACAAAGACCUCUUCUUCGUCACACGCUCUUCUGGCCUCCAGGGCUCCCCUGCCCGCAGUUCUAGCUACUCUGAGGCCAAUGAACCCGAGCUGGGCCUGGCCAACGGUGGCAAGAGCUUGUCCAUGGUAGACCUCCAAGAAGCAGCCAGAGCUUUAGAACCUAUCACCAUCCCGGCAGGGAUAACUUCAGAAGGUUUAGGUGAGGGUGCCAUGGUUCCCUGGAAUGCACGGACUCCCCAAGGCAACAUUGCCGGAGGCCCUACUCUUCACAGGCCAGGACAGACUCCAACUACUCCAGGAGCAGAAGGGGCCCCAGGCAGGCCUACACAGCUCUUGGCCCCGCUAUCCUUUCAGAAUCCAGUGUACCAGAUGGCAGCAGGGUUGCCCGUAUCAGCUAGAGGGAAUGCGAGUGGGGAUUCUGGGUCAGAGUGUCAUAGCUCCGUCAGUUCCCAUAGCAACAACGAAGAGGGUCUUGGAGGAACCAAGCACACCUUUCUUACCCAGGGUCCUUCUGUGGGGGAGGAGUUUGCAAGACGUUCAGGAGAUUUCUCAAGACGACAACUAUCACUAACUGACGCGCAGCACGGAAACCAGUCUAUGGUUCCACGACAGAGCAGCGGCGGUCCCCAGCGGCGUAUUGACCAGCCGCCACCACCCACACAGACUGCACCCAGAGGACGAACUCCACCCAACCUAUUGAACUCCACCCCCUACCCACGGCCUCCUAAUAACACUGUGAUGUCAUCAUCACCAGAUUGGCCUGGAAGUGGCGCACGGCUUCGACAGCAGAGCUCCUCUUCCAAAGGCGACAGUCCGGAAACGAAGCAUCGUGGACCACAUAAACAAGCCCCGUCCCCAGUGAACCCUAGUGCAUUGGACCGUACUGCUGCCUGGUUGAUGAAUGUGCCAUAUAUAGAGCAGGAGUCUGAGACGGAGCUUUGCAGAGAUGAGCACACACAAGCUGAAAAGUAUCAGGCGGAGAUCAGUAUGCUGCAGGAGCGGCUGCGUGUGUCGGUGCAGAGGCUGGAAGAAUACGAGGCCCGGCUGAAGGGACAGGAGGAACAGGCGCAGAAGAUGCUGCUGGAGUAUCAGGCCCGGCUGGACGAGUCUGAGGAGAGAUUGAGACGGCAACAAGAAGACAAAGAUCUGCAGAUGAAGGGCAUCAUAAGCAGGUUGAUGUCUGUGGAGGAAGAGCUGAAGAAGGAUCAUGCUGAUAUGCAGGCGGUGGUUGACUCCAAACAGAAGAUCAUUGAUGCGCAGGAGAAGCGGAUAGCAUCUCUGGACGCGGCUAACGCGAGGCUAAUGAGUGCCCUGUCACAGCUGAAAGAGCGCUACAGCAUGCAGACGCGGAACGGCAUCUCUCCCACCAACCCCACCAAGUUGCAGAUCACAGAAAACGGCGAGUUUCGCAACAGCUCCAACUGCUGAACGAAAACCCCUGCCGACAGAAUGAAGAGAGAGGACACAAGCAAGUGUGCAGAUAUUCUGUAAGUGAACACUGAGAGAAAUACUGCAUGUGAGGAUACUGAACACCGACCUUUGACGGUUGGCGAAACGAUUGUUCGGAAAUGUGGAGAAAGAUCCGCUGUAAACAUCCGCCGGUGAGACUACUGUUCAAGUGCUUCAUGUUAGGACACACCACUAGACUUUCAUUCGUGUUUCACAAUAGCUAACUGUAAAAUAUAAAAGAGAAAAACAAUACAGCUGACUUGGUGACAUUAUAAAGAUAUUAGAACCUUCUAGUCUGCAAAAAAGUCAUUUUACAUGCUUUAAAAUAGGUGUUCUCCAUACAGCCUUUUAAAAAAAAAAAGAAACUAGAUUUUGUCACAUUUCUUUAUAAUGGUCUGUACUUUAUUAAGAAACGACUGAAACUACAGAAUGAGCAACUCUUUGUGGAGAAUUUAGCUCUCUCCUCCAUAUCCUUUCAUAUUUGAUCUUGUCCUGUUUUUGUUUCUCCCUACAUAGUGCACUUUGUCUCUCCAUCAUGAGAAGCCUUAAAAUGUUGCAUCUGAAAUAUCCCUUAGUUCUUAUUUUUUGUUUUUUUUAUAGUUCAGAUGAACAUCUAUGAUAGAUUAUAAUGUGCAUAGAUUUAAAAAAAAAAAAAAAAAAAAGUAUAUAUUUUACAUUCUCCAACCACACAUUUUCCGAUUGCUUUCUUUUUUCUCUUUUGUUUUAUUUUUAAUUCGUACAAAAAAAAAAAAGGGUUCAGUCUGUAACAAACACAUCCUAAAUGUCACUUUGGGUCCAUUUUUAGAUAUGCCGAGAUUUUGAAUUAGCACAAACUGCUCAGAUGGAGCAGAGCGAAUGUUUUAGACACUACAAUAGACCGAUUUUAGUUUGAAGUUUUGAAAACUGCCUUGUUUAUCUCAUGUUUUCUUCCUACAUUGUUUGGGAGAUUUUUGCUUUGAGUUUAUUUUCUCUUCUUGGGUUUUUCUUGUUCAGUCUUCUUUUUUAAGCCUUUUUUAAUUCUUUUGUACAUGUGUGUUUUUUAUGUGUUGCCUCAUCGCUCCAAAUUGCUGCACACUUUUCAUUUCAGCAUUGAGAGUUUGUAUAUUUUUGUAUUUAAUAAUGUAUGUGAGGAGGACUUUUCUGCAUUUAUCAUGUUUGGCACUGAGGUGCAGCAUGGAGCUGCUGUUUUCCUUUAACUUUUUGGUCUUUGAGGAAGUGAGACACACGACACGUCUCGAUUUUGUUGCAAAGAUAUACGGAUAUAUAUUAAAAGACAACCUGUUAUAGGACAUGUAAGAUAGAGAUGUUAUUUUUAAGGGAAAAUCUCUCUGUAUAUGGGCUCUGUGAAUGGAGUAUUAUGUGAAUAAGUUAAUAUUAUAUAUAUAAAGCAACGUUAAAGGUAACUUUAGAGUGAAUGACGAUGUUACAUUGGCUGAUUUGUUUCUGAAAUGUGAGAUCAGAUUGAGAGGCACAAGCACAAACCGUAUCUGUCGCCCCAGCUUCUUAAAGGCUUUGAAUACUGCACUUUUUCCCUUUGUCGUGUCCACCUGGGUUUACUUCACUCCAUGAACAUGUAGCAAACUCAAGGUGCUCAUUAUUAUUAUUAUUAUUAUUAAGCCAGGGAAGCUCUGAUUUGUCAUUCAGUUUUAUUUGUAGCAUUAUCAUUCAUACCAUUGUAGCCAAACACUAAAUCCUUCCAUUCAAACAAACGUGCACAUGCAGUGUAAAUGUCAUGAGACUAACAAUUUGGACUGUGUUAAGAUACCUCAACCAAUCACAUGCUCAUUUGAUGCCCUGGUAAAGUAGUUUUGCAUGUACUAAAUGCUUCAGGACUGUCUAAAUAAGGCAGAUCAGUAUCUAGGGUCAUUUAAAAUUCAUUUGAUCAACUUUAAACUCAGCUUGAGGAUCGUGUUGUUGCACAAAAGGGAACCAAUAUUUAUUUUUCACAAGUUUUCUCACACAGACACGGCUGUCAACUUCUUUGUUCAUAUUCUGUUUUUAAUGAGGUCUGAGGUUUUGCAGAGUCAUUAUGUCUAUUUUCAUCCACAUGAGAAGCUACUAGCGAGUCAAAAAAUAGUUUAGACCAGUAUUAAAUUAAAAAGAUUUUUGCUGUUGUCUCAGUUCUUUUUCAUCAGAUGUGUCUUUAUCUGGCUUCAUUUCAGUUCUCGAAGUUUAGAAAACUUUUGCAAGUAAAACUACGCUUUUUUUUUUUUUCAAGCAGUCAAUGUGAAAUAGUAGCUAUGUGAAAUAAAUGAUAUAUAAAGAGAAAAGAUAUAAAAUCUAUAAAUGAAUACCUAAAAUAUGUUGUAUGUUUUAUAAUCCUUGUAGAAAAGAUUUUUGUAAGUAUGUUUAAAGUAAAGUAUUGGCUGGACUCUUGCUUUGUUUUAGGACAAUGACAAGAACAAUAAUGUACAGAGAAAUUUGUCCAUGUUAAGAACUAUACAAUUGUGGCUGUGCAAUUUAUGUACAUUUGCAACUAGAAUAAUUAAAGUUUUAUUUAGUUAUUUCA